AUGCUGCUGUUCUUCAUCUCAUUGAGUAGACCGGGUUUUGCACGACUUUUCCAGGAGCAAAAACACCAUAAGGCUGUCACAAUUGGUGAUCAGCCCAUCUACGCCAACGGCCGGCUCCCAUACCGUGCUCUGCUGGCCGUCCUGGCGUGCGAAGUCCUCACCAGUGGCUCCGGCUGUUUCCCCUCCAAUGUAUGGCCUCCAGAAAAUAGGCAAAGGGAAAGCGAAGGUGUUGUGGUAGCCGUCCUUAGCCAUUCCAGGACUUGCAGGGGUGUCACUGGCAACCUGGACCUUCGGUCCCACAUCUGUCACUCCAAACCCGGCUCUCUUGGCCUGUGGGAUCCCGCAAAGCAAGGCGUCGCCGCUCAAACGACCUGCGUUAGUGUCAUGUAG